UUUGAAGGCAGCACCGCAUAGGACUGCCCUACCAGGAAGACGAGGACAAACUUAAAAGACGGUAGGUGCUGUUUAAUUAGUGUUUAAUGAAAACAAAUGUUAUCAUUCGGACAUCAUAGUAAAAGAGACAUAGAGUCUUGUAAGCUUAACGUUUAAGGGCUUUAAUACAGGAGCAGGCCAGGGGGUAAAGAGGCCAAGAACAGAGGACAUCUACAACAUCUGUUGGCCAGAAUGGACAGCCAGGAGGUGGGGGGUUUACUGGACGAGUGCCUCGGAGCAGUGGCAGCAGCUCAGCAGUCCACCCAGCCCACGGAGGCAGAGAGGCACAACCUCUGGAGCUGCACAGACUCGUUGUGUGCAGAACUGGCCUCUCUCCUGCAGGAGGCAAUGGAAAUGAAGUGGCCCUUUGUGCCGGAGAAGUGGCAGUAUAAAGAGUCGCUCAAUGCCAAAGACAAGACCAACCUUAGUGACCUUAUCAGCAAGCACCUCUCUCCGCUACUGGCUGUUCUGAAGGCUUCCAUCGCGGCUCAGGAGGCACGCACGGCACUGGCGGUGGUCUUCCUGGUCGACCGCUUCCUCUACUGGACGGACGAGUCCAGGCGGCUGCUCAAGAUCACCAAGCUGCUCCACAGACGCCACCCUGACACCCCCGUGGCCCCCCAGCUGGUCAUACGACAGGCCAGAGUCUACGUUAACUCUGGCAAACUACAAAAGGCAGAAUACAUACUGAGCAGUCUGAUUAACAAUAGCGGGGCCACAGGUUGUUGGGUGUACCGCUCUGAGAGUGACAGGGCUCUUGUGCAGGCUGUUAGUGUUCAAGUACGUGGAAUGAUUUUGCAGAAGCUAGGCCUGUGGCUAGAGGCUGCACAGCUAAUCUGGGCCUCUCUGGUCGGCUACUACACACUUCCUCAACCUGAUAAAAAGGGCAUUGGAACCUCUCUUGGCAUACUGGCCAACAUAUUGGUGUCUAUGAACGAUGAGGACUUCCACGCUUUUAGGACUAAUCCAGAUAUUGAUUUGUCUUUACUUGGGGACAGGAGUCAUCGUCUUCUUUCAGCAGCUCAGGCAGCUAAGAUGGCGGUAGUUUACAGCCAGUACACUUCACUCUAUGUGUUGACCAAUGUGGCAACCCAAGGGACCUGCUUGUUAUCGUACAGUUUCUCAGUGGCGUGCCCUGCCUCUGAAAGGCAGUCUUUCCUCCUGCAGGCGAGAGAGGCGUUUGCGAUCGGCCUGCUCACCAAAGCAGAGGGCGAGCUGGUCACCAGCCAGCAGGAGCUUCACACCUUCCUCAAGGCUGCCUAUUCUCUCACUGUCGCUCACAAAUGGCUCGGCACUCCUCAGGAGGUCGUGGCGCAGGCAACUCAAGCUUGCCAAAAAGCUUUAGCGAAUUUCUACGAUUACUGCAAUGCAGAUACCCAAGACAAAGACGGCCUCUGUGCUGAAAUCAUGCAUCUGGUCGGACAAGUCAAGCUUCUGUUGAGAGUGGAGCCUUUCCUUAAUUCAGACAAGGGGUCUUUUAUCCCGGACAGCUACGGAAACAUCAAGGACACAUUGGUCAAUUUCACUCUGGAGGGUUUCGCCAAGGUGAUGAAGAGAUUCCAGAAGUAUCACGCGUCACUGUGCGAGACAACCAACACACGCUGUAAGGGGACCAAAGACGACAUAGAUGAGGCGAGGUUAUGUAUAACUGCACUGGGGACAACCAUUGGUACGCUCUACACAGAAUGCAGCACCAAGGCCUGCAAAGUGGCACCCAAAGGAGAGGAGCCACAACAGAGAGGUUCAAGUUCACCUGCUGUGCACCCACCUCAAAGGUCUGACCUGUGUACCACUCUGGGAAGCACAGAUAACCUUGGCUCUUCAUGGCAGAACUUCUCCUUGAGUAGUUCAGGGUCUCCUAGGCCCAGCAGCAGCGGCUUCACAGGAAGUAGUGGCGUUGAACGUGAAGCAAAAGCACGUAAUCAGAGCUGCCUGACCACUGAGGUUGAUGAUGACAGGUCAGACAGUGUGCUACAAUCUGCUGAUGGAAACAAGAAGCGAGGCUUACAUGGUUGUAACUCUGGUGUUGGUUCCCAAACAGUCCUUAGUUCAGCAAUACCUGCCUCUUCCUCAUCCAAUGGGAGUGCCGAUUUGGAGAAAUUUGAAGUGAUUCAAGCUGGAAUAGAGACACUGGACACUGACGAGGAUUGGAUGACUGAUGUUGGUGUGGCGCCGAAACCGUCAGCAGUUGAGGGAGCAGCACAAUCCUUAUCCCAGCUAGCUCUCAGAACAUCCUCCAGCUCGCUCGGUGGCAGUUUCAGUUCCCAGUCGUCGUGGGAGAAACUUUCAGCUGACCUGAACUCCCCCACAAACAGAAAACCUCAGCCAAGCAGCCUUUCAAAAGCAGGAAGCGUUCGAAGCAGCAAGUCAGUAGAGUCUGAUGGGAGUUUCUUCCUCUUGGAAACGCUGGAUUCUGAAAGCAGUGAUUCUGCUCAUGAUCCCACGCACAAAACCCACACACCUGGAUGGGAAUUCAGACCUCUGGAGAGCCUCAACAUUGACCCAAAUAUCGACAGUGAAGUUGACUCAAUAUCCGUAAAACCUGCUACUUUAGCAACCCCUCACCCAAACCUUCCUGAGCAGUGUGCUUCCACUGAAACCUCCACAGAGAGUUCAUUUGAGAUGCUGGAGGAGCAUCAGGGUGGACCCCAACACAGUGGCGUUACUUCUUCAGAAAAAGUGAAUGUCCCUCAGAUAAAGAACCCCUUGUGCUACAGCUGUCUUAAACACAGCGCUGUAACUAGCGUUGUCCCCGAGAGUCAGUAUAUGUUGUCACAGCAGGAUUUCCAAGCACUACUGGCUGGAGUUUGCCAUGAAUGUCUGCUGAAGAGACUUCACAGCGACAAGACACAAUUCAAACUCAAGUCGCACAGAACUGCGUACAGUGCUCUUCAUUUGAAGUUCUCUAAGGCCACAGGGCUGUGGACAGCCAGGGAGACGUGUGCUUACAUCGGGGAGCCGAUGGGGAUGCAGGGCAAGCAGAGAGCGGCAAUAUGGGUGCAGUUUUUACACCAGGAGGAGAGGUUAAGCAGUUAUGUUGGAAAAGAUUACUUGAAGCCAAAGGAGAUCCAGUUUCAUCUGAAAGAUGUGGAGAGACAGAUGACAGCCCAGUACUAUGUGACGGAAUUCAACAAGAGUCUUUAUGACAAGGAAGUCAUGGCUCAGAUCUUCUUCAUUCCCUCGGAGGCACUACUGAUUCUGAAUGGAAAUGAGAUUGCAGGCUGUGUAACAGUGGAGCCCUACAUGCUUGGGGACUUUGUCAAACUGACCAACAACACUGGAAAGAAGGACAAGAGCUUCCAGGCUACAGAAUAUGGCCUUGCCUUCGGACACUUCACCUACCUGCUCUCUGAGUGCCAGGAAGUUGUUGUAGACCUGCAAGGGUGGGUGACAGCCAAUGGCAAAGGGCUGACCUACCUCACCGACCCCCAGAUUCACUCCACCAAGACCCCCAAAGGCCCCUCCAACUUUGCUGCCAGAGGCCUCAGGUACUUCCUGGAGGAGCAACACGGACCAGAGUGCAAUGGCAUCUGCCAACUGCUCACGCUACCUCCUGUGGUCACACAGCCACAUGUUCAGCCUCAGAAACUUUGAGGAGUUGUAUGUGUGUUUGAGUGUUUUUAUUCAGAAAUGAGUUCAAAUAAGAAAUAAUAAGUUUUUUUAUCUUAUAAAGUAUGAGCAACAAGUUUCUGAAACUUACACGUUUACAUAAUUUAGCUGACAUUACCCCAGUUACAAUCACUGUACUGUGUCUUUCAUUAGAAUUAUAUUAUAUAAACCAUUUUAUAGA